AUGGUCCGAUACCGCGUGAGGAGCCCGAGCGAGCGUCCGCAUCUGGUGUACAGGCAGCAGGGCCACGGGCAGCAGCAAGGAUGUGAGGACCAGGAACCCGAGCAGGGGCUGAGCCCGGAGCGCUUCCAGGUCUCUGGAAGGACCCACAGAGGCCACCACUACAGGCGCAGGCGCUGUUCCCGGAGGAGGCUGUACCGCGUCCACAGACGGCGGCGGCGCUCCUGCCGCAGGCGCCGGAGACGGUGCUGCAGGCGCGGGCAUCGCAGAGAAGGAUAAGGAGGAGGAGAAGAUGCAGAAGGUACUAAACUUCCCGGGCCCAUCACCCCUGGCUAG